AUGGCUCAAGACGGCGUGCGCGAACCACGCGAGGUUAAGAACCACUAUCUCUUUGAGGUCGCGACCGAAGUUGCUCACCGUGUCGGCGGUAUCUACUCGGUUAUCAAGUCCAAAGCCCCGGUCACCACUGCCGAAUAUGGAGACCGGUAUACCCUUAUCGGCCCUCUGCACCGGGAAUCCGCCGCUGUUGAGGUCGAAGAGCUGGAGCCGACAAACCCUGAACUUGCCGCCACGAUCGAUUCUAUGAAGGAGCGCGGAAUCCAGAUUGUCUAUGGCCGCUGGUUGAUUGAGGGUGCGCCUCGCGUUCUCCUGAUUGACACCAAGUCCGCCUACAACUUCAUGGACGAGUGGAAGGCCGAUUUGUGGAACGUUGCUUCCAUCCCGUCGCCGCCCAGCGACGAGGAGACGAACGAAGCCAUUGUUUUCGGCUACCUUGUUGCUUGGUUCCUUGGAGAGUUCGUCUGUCACGAAAAGAAGAGGGCCGUCAUUGCACACUUCCACGAGUGGCUUGCUGGUGUUGCUCUGCCAUUGUGCAAGAAGCGCCGCAUCGACGUCACCACGAUUUUCACCACGCACGCCACACUCCUCGGUCGCUACCUCUGCGCCGGUUCUGUCGAUUUCUACAACAACCUGCAAUACUUUGAUGUGGACGCUGAAGCCGGCAAGCGCGGUAUCUACCACCGCUACUGCAUUGAGCGCGCAGCGACACACUCUUCCGACGUUUUCACUACUGUGUCGCACAUUACCGCUUAUGAGAGCGAGCAUUUGCUGAAGCGCAAACCCGACGGUGUCCUCCCCAACGGUCUCAACGUCACAAAGUUCUCGGCCAUGCACGAGUUCCAGAACCUGCACCAGCACAACAAGGAGAAAAUCCACGACUUUGUGCGCGGCCACUUCUACGGCCACUACGAUAUUGAGCCCGAGAACACGCUCUACUUCUUCACGGCGGGUCGCUACGAGUUCCGCAACAAGGGUGUCGACAUGUUUAUCGAGUCGCUUGCGCGGCUGAACCACCGUUUGAAGACGGCUGGUAGCAAGAUGACGGUCGUGGCAUUUAUCAUCAUGCCGGCACAGACGCACUCCCUGACUGUUGAGGCUCUGCGGGGACAGGCCGUUGUCAAGUCUCUUCGCGAUACGGUUGACGUCAUUGAGAAGAGCAUCGGCCGGCGUAUCUUUGAGCGCUCGCUCAAGUGGCACGAGGGUGAGCCGCUGCCCGACGAGAAGGAGCUGAUUACAAGCCAGGACCGUGUCCUGCUGCGGCGCCGCCUGUUCGCCAUGAAGCGCCAUGGCCUGCCGCCCAUUGUGACGCACAACAUGGUCAACGACCAGGAGGACCCUAUCCUGAACCAGAUUCGCCGCGUGCAGCUGUUCAACCACCCGAGCGAUCGCGUCAAGAUUGUGUUCCACCCCGAGUUCCUGAGCUCGGCGAACCCGGUGCUUCCGAUGGACUACGACGACUUCGUCCGCGGCACGCACCUGGGCGUCUUCUCGUCGUACUACGAGCCGUGGGGCUACACCCCGGCCGAGUGCACGGUGAUGGGCGUGCCCAGCGUGACGACGAAUCUUUCGGGCUUCGGCUGCUACAUGGAGGAGCUGAUUGAGAACUCGAGCGACUACGGUAUUUACAUUGUCGACCGCCGCACCAAGGGCGUCGACGACUCGGUCAACCAGCUGACGUCGGUCAUGUUCGACUUCUGCCAAAAAAGCCGUCGCCAGCGCAUCAACCAGCGCAACCGCACCGAGCGGCUCAGUGAUCUGCUCGACUGGAAGCGCAUGGGACUCGAGUACGUCAAGGCCCGCCAGCUGGCUCUGCGCCGUGCCUACCCCGACUCCUUUGCCGGCGAGGACGACGACGAGGACUACAUCCCGGGUGUGGAGCAGAAGAUCUCGCGGCCAUUCUCUGUGCCGGGCUCCCCUCGCGACCGCACGGGUAUGAUGACGCCUGGUGACUUUGCCAGCCUGCAGGAGGGUCGUGAGGGUCUGAGUACGGAAGACUACGUUGCAUGGAAACUUCCUGAAGAAGAGGACCCUGACGAGUACCCGUUCCCCCUAACUCUGAAGACGAAGCCGACCGGCGGUGCUGCCAGCCCUCUGGACGGUGUCGUGUUGAACGGACAAUAA